AGUCUAUAUGCCAGUUUGGAAAUAUUAUUUUUAUUCCAUUAAUGCUGCCAAGAGCAGCUCUGGCAGCAUCUGUGACUCAUUCAUCUAGCGAAUAAGAAGUAUCAUAGUCCCUAUGUUGAAGUUCUCACUCAUAAUUUAGCUUUCUCCAAUUAAUCCAUCCACAUCUUGUUAUCCUCUUGCUCAAAACUAGGCCUUGCCCAUUUGCUAGUUCAUUGAAAUUGAGCAACUUUUCAACAAACAUGCAGGACCCUAUUGGAAUUCCUACUUGCUUUUCAUCCAGUGAGAAAUUAAGUGAUGACCAGGCAGCUGUAACCAGGUCAGGUCAAAGUGUUUUCAUGACUGUUUACAGAACAAAGAUUGCUGAUCAGUGCCGCUUAAUCACCAUUACAUGGUGCAAAAAUUUGUUACUCCAUGGCCUAUCAGUAUCAGUGGAAGGCCCUGAAGGAGAAAGUCAGUAUACUUGCAAAGUUGAGCUGAAGCCAUGGUAUUUCUGGAGGAAACAAGGUUCUAAGCGCUUUAUAGUAGAUGGUAAAGCUGUUGAUAUCUUCUGGGACCUUAAGGCUGCAAAAUUCAAUGGUGAGACGGAGCCAAACUCAGAAUACUAUGUUGCAGUUGUUUGUGAUGAAGAGGUUGUGCUUCUCAUUGGGGAUCUAAAGAAAGAUGCAUAUAAGAAGACUGGCUGUAGGCCAGCUCUUAUUGAUCCCAUAUUGGUUUCAAAGAAGGAACACAUAUUUGGUAAGAAAAAGUAUUCUACAAGAGUCAAAUUCCUUGAGAAAGGUAGAUUUCAUGAAAUCUCAAUUGAGCGCAAGAAUAGUAGUGGUGGUGGGAACAUGAGCAAUGGAAAUUCUUCAAUUGGGGUUGAGCCAGAGAUGGAGAUUAAGAUUGAUGGGCUCUUGGUCAUUCAUGUCAAGCACCUUCAGUGGAAGUUUAGAGGUAAUGAGUCUAUAUAUGUCAACAAAAUGAGAGUAGAGGUAUAUUGGGAUGUCCAUGACUGGCUCUUUAGUCCAGGUUUAAGGCAUGCCUUAUUUAUUUUUAAACCAAUUCUGUCAUCCAUAUCUCUAUCAUCCUUAUCAUCUUCAUCAUCACCACCUUUAUUUUCCUUGACAUCUACACCAUUAUCGUCUCAGACAGAGAGCUCUGGGUCCUUAGAGGGGCUGAAUGCUAGUGGGUCUUCUGACUUUUGCUUGUUCCUUUAUGCUUGGAAGCUAGAAUGAGAACAUAUAUCAGUGACCCCAACAUUGUUUAUAUCAUCAUCAAAACCAGAAGAAUAAGGAUGGAAAAGGAAAUAGCUCUUCAUGGUAUGGACCAGCAUGGACUGGUGAGGACACAGAUUGGGUUGGGAGAAAGAGGAUUAGAUUGAGAAAGGGAAGUGGGACCCAAGUUAGUUACAGCUGGGAUUCAAGCCAAAUGGGCAUGAUUGGACAAGACAGAUUGUAUCACAUACAUGCUAAUAAUUCCCCAUCUAGAGGCAUCUCCAUCUAUUUUAUACAAAUUCUCUUUCUUGAUCUGAUCUUGAUAAGUGAGAAAUGUUUCUUUCAAAUUACAUCUAUCAAUAUGUGUACCUUUUCCUAAGUUUUAUAUACCUAUAAAAUGUUGACAACAUGUUCAUAGAUACUGAUUACUGAAUGUCUGUAUUUGGAAAAGCAUGGGUGAUAAUGCAUGUGACAGUGAAAGGGUGGUGCUAUAUAUGAUGGAAUUACUAACUGCAAGAGCUUGUGUUUGUCCACCGAACAUGAAUAUAUAACUAUUUUCUUUUCACUUGAGUCUUGACAGUAACU